CAGUGACAGUGAGUGACAGUUGAAGUUAACCUAAAAAAACAUUUCGGCACUCUCACGUGUAUCUUAAAAACAAUAAUUUACUAACACACAAAUAUGGUUUCAAAGAAAAAGAAGAAGUAUUCCACUGGAGAGGGAGCGCAAUUUUUGACCCGAAAAGCAGCGCUAAAGAAGCUACAGUUGUCUCUCAGGGACUUUCGUAGACUGUGUAUUCUCAAAGGCAUUUAUCCUAGAGAGCCACGUAACAGAAAACGUGCACAGAAAGGGGAUACUAGCAUAAAAACCUUAUAUCAUGUUAAAGACAUACAGUUUUUAUUACAUGAACCUAUAAUCUGGAAACUACGGGAUUACAAGAUAUUUAACAAGAAAGUAGGUCGUGCCAGAGCUGUAAAAGACUUCGAGACGUUGCACAAGUAUCUCAACAAUCAUCCAACAUUAAAACUAGAUCAUAUAGUAAAGGAGAGAUAUCCUACUUUCAUUGAUGCUUUGAAAGAUCUAGAUGAUUGUUUGACACUAUGUUUCUUAUUCAGCACAUUUCCUUCUCUGUCACAUGUACCCAGAGAUCAAUCUGCUCUAUGUAGGAGGCUUACUCUGGAGUUUCUACAUGGUGUUAUUGAAGCAAAAGCUUUGAGGAAGGUGUUUGUUUCAAUUAAGGGUUAUUAUUUCCAAGUAGAAAUUAAAGGGGAAAUAAUUACUUGGAUACAACCUCAUCACUUUGCCUUUACUCCUCAAAGUAGAGGAGAGGUAGACUUCAAACUCAUGUCUACAUUUGUAGAGUUUUAUACUGUGAUGUUGGGAUUUGUAAACUUUAGAUUGUAUCAUAGUUUGAACUUGUAUUAUCCACCAAAAUUCUCAGCUGUGACUCAGUCAGACAGUGAAAAAUCAUUGGUGGAUGAAGAGGUAUUUGUUUCUGAAAGAGUAGCAGCACUUAAUUUUCCAUUGGUUAAAACUUCCAAUACUGAAACUGAUGAAUGUGAGUUGGAUGAGUUUAACAUGGAAGGAGAUGCAGAAAAAUUGGAAGAAUUGAGAAAGGAGGCUGAAAAGUUUUUAAAGGUAAAGAAGCUUAAGACCCUUUUCAAAGGAUUGAAGAUUUUCUUGAACAGAGAAGUACCAAGAGAACCACUGGUGUUUAUUAUAAGGUGCUUUGGAGGAGAAGUUUCUUGGGACAAGGAUAUGUUUAUUGGAUCUACAUUUGAUGAAAAUGAUGAAUCUAUUACUCACCAGAUUGUAGAUAGACCAUCAAUAGAUAAGCAGUAUAUAUCAAGAUAUUACGUUCAGCCACAGUGGAUUUUUGACUGUGUUAAUGCCAGAGAUCUACUACCAGUGAAUAAGUACUUUAUAGGGGAGGUAUUACCUCCUCAUCUGUCACCCUUCAUAGACCCAGAAAAGGACCAACAGUACAUUCCCCCUGAAGCUAGGGCCAUCUAUGAUGAAAAUGAGUUGGAGCAACAUCACAAGUUAGAAAAUGAUGAAGAUGAGGCAGAAAGUGAGAGUGAAGAAGAAGAAAAUGAAGAUGGCGAGAAUAAUGAGGAAAAUGGGAAUGCAGAUGAAGUUGAUGAGGCUGUUGAAGAUGAAGAUGAGAAAAAGAAGAAACCUAAGCUAUCAGUUACUCCGGGCAAGGUCCACAAAGAGGUGCCAUGGGAGAAGAACAAACAAGAGAGGCAAGAAUUCAGACUUAGAGAAAAAAUGAUCAAAAGGAAAUACAAGAACUUGUAUAAGAGUAUGAUGGAAGGAAAGAAAGAGAGGUCCAAGGAAAUUUGGUUGUUGAGGAAGAAGAGGAGGUUACAUGAUGAGGGUGAGGCCAAGAAGAAGAAAGAAGAAAAGAAACAGAAGAAAAAAGCUACUGCAGUUGAUGCAUAGAUUUGUGUUUCAUGUGAAUAUAUUUUGUUUUAACGAAAGUAGUCUGUUCAAUAGGGAGAGGUGAGGAAAAUCAAAUUACAUGAUGAGG